AUGUUGUCAAAAGGCCCUCAGAGAUCUGAACGAUUAUCACCUUUUCAUGUUACAUUCUCCCACAUUUCACUUUCUUACCUUCAAUUUAGCACUUUGGCACCGAAAAAGAAAAGCGGAAGUUGUAAUAGAGAAUUGCAGGAAGUCUCAUUGUUCGGGAAGUUCUCUAGUUGUCUUGACUUUCAACUUUGUCAUCCAAAAGAGAAUAGAAAGAAAAACUUUCUAGAAUAA